AUGCCCCCUAACGCACCUAUCUUUGGUCAGUUUGAACAAGACCCAAGGGUUCAUUUUGACAAGACGGCGGGGAAAUGGCAGUAUGAAGAUGAAGAUACUGGCAAAGAAUAUGAAUGGACGGGAAAGGCUUGGAUUCCUCUGAUUGAAGAAGAAGAAUGGAAAGCUCAACAAGCCGCGUAUUCCAUAUCAGGAGUCGACGAGACCACUCCUUCCAACGCUGCUCUAGCAAGACAACAACGUAUAGAAGCACAAAGAAAGAAAAAAACCGGUAAUACGGUCGAUACCGCUACAACCCUCGCUUCCAUCUCUUCCUCCUCCACCCCUGAUGUGGGCAUCACCAAUGGUAAAUCCACUUCGAAACCUGUUCAAGCGUCAGCUCCGAAGAAAACGGGAGUUUGGGUUACAAAUCUUCCACCUGACACUACGCCGGAAUUAUUGGCGAACGUGUUUUCGAAAGCUGGUGUGUUGAUGAUUGGUGAUGAUGGCAAACCUAGGAUAAAAAUGUAUUAUGAUGAUGAGGGUAGGUUCAAGGGUGAGGCAUUGGUAUUGUAUUUCAAAGAAGGUAGUGUAGGUCUUGCGGUUACUUUGUUGGAUGAUACAGAGUUAGAACUAGGUGGAGGGUUUGGUAAUAUGAGAGUGAGAGAAGCAGAGUACGAAAAAGGUGAUGCGUUUGGAAAGGAAGGUAAAGGUGAAGGGGGGAAUGGGAAUGUAGAAGGUGAAAAGACAGGUGGGGAAAAGAGAAAGAAUUUGAGUCACGAAGAAAAGUUGAAAAUGUCAAAGAGGAUAAAGAGGAUGCAAGAGAAAAUCACUUGGCAUUCCGAUUCCGAUUCCGACGACCCACUCGCACCCUCCUCCGGUGCUCCUAAACCAGGCGCAAGUAGAUUCACCCGCGUAGUCGUCCUGAAAGGCAUGUUCAGUCCUAAAGAUCUCGACGAGGAUCCGGGGUUGUUAUUAGAGUUGAAAGAGGAUGUAAGGGAAGAAGCUGAGACAUUGGGAGAAGUGACCAAUGUGGUUUUAUAUGAUAAAGAAGAAGAAGGGGUCAUGACGAUAAAGUUUAAAGACACCAUCUCUGCUCAAGCUUGUGUGAACAAGAUGAAUGGUCGGUUUUUCGAUGGAAGAAGGAUCUCGGCAUCUCUAUACACUGGUAAAGAACGUUUCCGCCGUUCAGGUCGUGGAGCAGAAGAAGAUGAAGAGAAGAGUGAAAGAGAACGAUUAGAAGGUUUUGCUCAAUGGUUAGUCGACGGAGAGGGAGAAGGAGAGUAG